GCCUUUUGGUCUGGGUUUCUUGUUUUGUUAUUGAAAAUUAUAGGGCUUAAAUCUUCUGUUUCCCAAAGAAGUUAAGAGGGAUAAGCUCUGUUUCGAUUAUAGCAAUGGCUGGUAUGUGCUGUGGAGUGAAUAUUAGCGAGACGGAGACGACCCCGCCUGAGCCCAACUCGAAAUCCGCCAGGAGGAGGAUGGAAAUCCACCAGUUUAAUUUUGUGCCCACCGAUUCUGCGGUGGCGCCGCCACUUGAGAGCGGCGGAAAGAGGAAGAGGCAGAAGAUCGAGGCGGUGGUUACGGUUUCUCCGGCGUCAAGAGAGUGCAUGAAUGGAGUUCAGAGCUUUGAAGUUGAGGAAAAGGGAGGGGAAAUGAAUCAGUUGCCUAGUGGGGGGAUGGGACCCGAAACGAAGGCUUUCGGGCUGACGGCGGUGCCGAGGUCGGAAACUGAGGGUGGUGCUGUUCAAGAUCUUCCGAAAUUCGGGUCGACCUCUGUUUGCGGGAGGAGGAGAGACAUGGAAGAUGCAGUUUCUAUUCACCCUUCUUUCUGCGGCCAGAACUGUAAUUCUCCGGGUGGGUUGCAUUUCUUCGGAGUCUUCGACGGCCAUGGCUGCUCACAUGUGGCGACCAGGUGCAAGGACAGGAUGCACGAAAUAGUGAAAAACGAGUGCGAAAACGGCGACUCUUCGUGGGAGCGCGCGAUGUUUCUGAGUUUCUCGAAGAUGGAUAAAGAUGUGAAGGAGUGGUCUGAAGGCGCCGCCGGCGUCUCCACCUCCAGCUGCCGGUGCGAGCUGCAGACCCCACAGUGCGACGCCGUCGGAUCCACAGCCAUCGUGGCUGUGCUUGCCCCGAAUAAGAUCAUCGUCUCCAAUUGUGGGGAUUCUCGUGCCGUUCUUUGCCGGAACGGCGUCGCGAUUCCACUUUCCGUAGAUCACAAGCCUGACAGGCCUGACGAACUUAACCGAAUACAAGAAGCCGGUGGACGAGUAAUAUUUUGGGACGGGCCAAGAGUUCUUGGAGUCUUAGCCAUGUCUCGUGCAAUCGGCGACAAUUACUUGAAACCCUACGUCAUAUCGGAGCCGGAGGUGACGAUCACAGAGCGAACGGCGGGGGACGAGUGUCUGAUACUGGCAAGCGAUGGGCUGUGGGAUGUAGUAUCCAACGAAACCGCAUGUGGGGUGGCGCGAAUGUGCCUUCAGUCUCGGUUGCCACCGUCGCCGGAGGCAACUCCCAUGACGGCGGCGGGAGAGAGCUCCGACAGGGCAUGCUCCGACGCGUCAAUUCUCUUGACGAAGCUGGCUCUGGCCCGUCAUAGCACAGACAAUGUCAGUGUUGUGGUGGUGGAUUUGAGGAGGAGAUAACAAUGAAAUUGUAUGAGAGAUGUAUAUUUUUAGGUGAUCCAGGUGAUGGUUUGAUGAUUGAUGGGGAAAUCAUACUCUACAAACUGCUGAAUCUCUGGUGAUGUCGAGGUUUACUGUAUCAAGUGUAUAGUGAUACGAGCUGCGGCGUGUAUCAACAUUUUUCCUUUUGGUUUUUUGCGUAAAUAAAUUGAAAAUAGAGCCUACUUUAAUAUCUACUUCAAAUUUUAUUA